UAAGAGGCGCGGGCUGUGCUUUUUGCUGUCCGCGCUGCGGUAGAUUCCGGCAUGGAGGAAUUUUGUGCUAAGUUUGUGUCUCAGAAAAUCAGCAAAACCCGCUGGCGACCGGUGCCUCCGGGAAGUCUGCAGACCGCGGACAUCUUCGCUACGGGCUCUUGGGACAAUGAGGAAAAUUAUGUUUCACUGUGGUCUAUUGGAGAUUUUGGGAACUUGGAUUCUGAUGGUGGGUUUGAAGGAGACCAUCAGUUACUUUGUGGUACCAGACACCAUGGUGAUGUUAUGGAUUUACAAUUUUUUGACCAGGAAAGAAUUGUAGCUGCUUCAUCAACAGGAUGUGUAACAGUUUUCCUUCUCCGUCCAAAUAACCAGACGCUGUCAGUCAGCCAACAGUGGACAACAGCUCACUACCACACAGGCCCAGGCAGCCCCUACUGUAGCAGUGCACCAUGCACAGGGGUUGUGUGUAGCAACCCAGACAUUGUCACAGUCGGAGAAGAUGGUCGAAUAAAUCUCUUCAGAGUUGAUCACAAGGAAGCUGUGAGAACUAUCGCUACUGGUGGCCAGGAUGGAAUGUUGAGUAUUUGGGAUGUUAGACAAGGAACUAUGCCUGUGUCUCUGCUGAAGGCUCAUGAAGCUGAAAUGUGGGAAGUCCACUUCCACCCAUCCAACCCAGACCACCUGUUCACCUGCUCUGAGGAUGGGUCCCUCUGGCACUGGGAUGUCUCUACAGAUGUACCUGAAAAAUCGUCCCUCUUUUACCAAGGAGGAAGAAAUAGUACUUUCUUGUCUCAUAGCAUUAGCAACCAGGCUAUUGUUCACCAGUCUCUUAAAAGCUCCUGGCUCAGCACUGAUCCUGCGAAAGACCGUAUUGAGAUCACAAGCUUGCUUCCCCACAGGACUCUGUCUGUGAACAGUUUGGAUGUUUUAGGUCCUUGUCUUGUUUGUGGAACUGAUGCAGAAGCAAUUUAUGUUACUAGACAACUUUUUUCAUGAAAAUACUGUAUUUAUAAGAUUUCAAGUAAAAGCAUACAGUUAGCCUUUCAAAUUCAAUCUUCUAUGUAAAUUUUUGUUACUAGAAAAUGUGAAAUUUGCAAGGGAAGCAUCAGUAAACUGUUAAUGGCAAUGCCCAGUUUUGGAUUUUGUUAGUUGAAUAUUCGCCUAACAGUCGCAGAAUCUGGUAAGUGACUGAUCCAGCAAAAGUACAGGAACGUGUGGCUGAACAUCAGAGAGGGUGAUCCUUGUGUUGAUGAACACACUGCCUUCAGACACUGUCCUGGACAGCUCAUAAAACCUACUUUUCAUUUUUCAUGUUAUGAAGCAAUACGGUCGAACCACCACAGUUUUGGGUUCAUAUUCUUUUUAUCAACAGUAUGUGGCAUUAGUCAAUGUUAAUGUUUAUUCUUUUUAUUGCAAUUUUUUCUUCAAUUCUUCCCCAUUUCAUUUCUUUAAUAAUUUUAAUAAGCUUUUUCAGAAAUAAUUAAAUAGAACAAAAAUGACCAAUGUUUUUAAAGGUGAAAAUGUUGUGACAGGUUCCUUUAUUAGAAUACAUUUGAAUAGAACUCUAUCAACUGCUUAGACCCAACUUUCUUGAAAAGAAGAAAAAUACAUUUUUCCUAUGGAUUUUUGCUUUUGUUUAGUUUUACAGUGUAGUCAGAGAUUACUGAACUGGACAUUGUGCAAUAAAAUAGAAUUUGACAUUGAUAAGUGAGCUGACUUCUAAACUAAAAUUUGAUAUGUAACAUGUAUGAGAUUAGUAUUGAUGUGGCAAGAGUAAAGAAUUUUGCCAUCUUUAUCCUCAUCCAAAAUGUUAAUAUUGACCUAGCAUAGUGUUUUAAGACAGGUUUAUGACACUGUCUUUCCAAAGUUUAUUGGGUUAAAUGCAUUAUUGAAUUGGUAAGACCUUAACGACAAAUCUAUUAUAUAAUUGAAGUGUGUGUUCAUUUACUUUAUAAUGCCAAUAAUAGUAAUUCUGGUAAAGUUUUGUUUUUCUUUCCUAAUAAAUACUUUAAAUGUUUUUAUGUCA